AGGGAAGUGACCGGAGUGCAAUAUACCGUUAAACAGCCGCGAUAGAGCCGCGACUGUUUUACGGGGGAGGUGGCGGAGGGAUUCAUUCGUCACGCCGUCCGCGCCGGGCGCUUUGCGCAACUUUGUACGCGAAAUCGCACGGCGGACGGCGGACGGGGACGUGAAGAAUGCUUCCUCAGCGAGUGGCAUCGGUGAAUUUAGAAAACUCGUUAGGUAUUCGUUCACUGCCGUUGCGUGGGCGGUUUUCGACGGCGUCAGGGGGUUCGGCUGAAAAACUUGCGCCAGGUGUUCGGCAAACAAGUCAGCGCGACCCUGAGGGCUAUAUACAUAAGUACCUGCGGAGUCGGUGAGUGGGCGCGCGGGGGCGGUUGAGGAUUUGAACCUGCGACAGAGUUGAUGAAGCGACGGCCAGUCCUCGGCGGCCUGUUCGAGCGACCGGUGCCAGCCCUCGCUUUUGUGCUCCUCAAGCGCCGUGCUAACCUGUUCACGCAACCGAACAAGUUGCCGCUUGAGGGUCGGGCAGCGCGUUCGCUGCCAUUGCCGUCGCAGAGAUCGCUUCCUCUGGAUAAGGUUUUUGAGGUAACCGGGAAGGGGGGGGAGACGGGAGGUGGACGGUUUGUGUGUCGUGGCUCGGACGAGGGCGGUUUGUAGUGUAUCUUGCAAAUCAUUCGCAAACAACUCCACGUCCGCGGCGCUUGUAACCGCGCGUGCGGGGGUGGAGCGCUCAAGCGUGCUUGCAAAUAACUUCCAAUUUACACAUCGGAGGGAGCGGGAUGGGGCGAUUGCCGGACUGUCUGCAGCGAACUCGGCCAAUACCGGCAGAUGGUCUGAGUCGAGUUCGUCCACAAUGACAGUUUGCGUUAUCGACUGGCGGACCACAUUGUGGAUCGAAAAGUCGAUAAUGUCCGCGCGGUAGGAGUCUUGAUCGGGAUAAUGAGUGGGUUCAGGAGGACCCUCUAUUACGAUAUUGUUAUAAUCAAUAAGGUUAUAGAGGGCGUUGCCGUUGUGGCAGUUGGAGCGAGACAACCAGUGCGUAUGCUUGCUAUUCCAGUCACCCGCGGCGAAUGUCGGCACGUCCGAGGCGAAAAGUCGUUUCACCUCGUUCGUGUCAACAGUCCCCGCAGGCGGUCUGUAUAUAGCAUACAUACGUAUUCUGCCACCUGGAAGUUCCGCUUCAACGCCAAGUGCGGAAAAUGACUGGGAUGUGAAAGCAGGGAGGGGGGUGUGAGGAAUGGACCGACGGAUAAGGAUCGCAAGCCCGCGGUAUCGCCUGCCAGUAGGCGACACCUCGUCCCUGCGAUAAACUAGUACCCGGACGCGCUCAGCUUCGAUGAUGGCCCCAGCUGCGUUUCAUUUAGUAGCGCCGCGUCGAUGUUCUGCUCCCGCAUCAGGUGGCGGAGCAGUGGCUUCUUAUGCGCCGGCACCAUAGUGCGGGCGUUCCAAUAAAGUAGCCUGAGCGCUAUUGCUGUAGGAGGCUGAGGAGACCCCGCAUUACUAUGGGUAUGGGGUCUGCUCCCUCCUCUAAGGCGCUCAGGACGCUCUGGAGUACUAGCGACGCCGCUCGGAUCACCGCUUGUUUCGCGGGAUCGGCAGGCGCCGCUAGGGGGGGCUGUGGUGCCGACGAUGAUGCGGUCGGCUGCGUUCGGCGAUGUUCGGGAGCCGAAGUUGCACUCGGCUCCGUUCGGGGGCGCUCGGCUGUCGUCGUUAUUGUACGAUGUGCCGGCGGAAUGUGUGCGGGCGGGCCGGCUUGGGGCGCUAUGGCGGCGUCGCUCCGAGGGGGCUGCGAGCGGGAUUUUUUCCCGCGUCCUCGUCGCUUACGUUUAGCGGGGGCGGCGGAGGCGGGAUUCGCCGCCGCCAUGAGGCCGCUGGUGUGCGCUUCUCCGCGCGGCACCGGCUGGAUAGGUGCGGGCGGCGCUACUGGCGCGCUGGGUCGAGCGGCCGGCGCGGUGCGCGGCUGCUGUGCGUGGGUGGUGGUGGUGGUGGUGGUGCGCGCGAUGGGGCCCGCCUUUUUGUUGCGGGCCUCGCGCCGCAUCACCGGGCACGACGCGUGGUUUGCGGGGUGUGGCCCCGCGCAAUUGGCGCAGAUGGCGGGGGCGUCUCUCGGCCGCGGGCAGUCCGCGGUCGCGUGCCCCUCCCCACAACGCACACAGGCGAGCGGCCUGUGGCAAUUGUGGGAGGAGUGUCUGAAGCCUUGGCAGCGGUGGCACUGUGCCGGGCCCCGCUUCGAGCGCCACGCCUCGAUGGUGACCCCGGGCAUAUGCAUCAGUUCACUGACGUCAUAA